UGCAUGAUGUGUGCGGUGUGUAAGUGUCGAGUCACUCAGGAACUCAGUGCAACGGGCCCCGUGUUUGUUGUUCUGCUUUCAGGACUACCGCACAAGAAUAAGGCUGCUCUACGGCAGUCCGAGAAUCCUUCGGCUAAGCUUCUUAAAUGCACUUCCAGAAAAGAGUUCUUCUUCCCCACCUCUGACGCUCCCCUAGCUGAUUACAGCUGCACGGCCUUCGUCAUCCGCUCCCCCCCGGCAGCCGACCGAAACGAGAUGGCCGUGCUGAAGGUGACUUUUACCAAAACCAAGCGAGAUAAGCUGGCUCAAGUGCUGUGGAUCCUGAACUGGGUUUCUGUGGUGACAGGUAUGAUCCUGCUCAGCCUGGGCCUCUUCCUGAAGGUGGAGAUACAGCAGCGGCGUGAACUGAUGUCCGACCGCGAAGUGCACUCCGUGCCCAACAUGCUGAUUGCCGUGGGCCUCAUUGCCUGCGGCAUCAACUUCCUGGGUGGCAAGAUUUGCUAUGACUGUGUGGACACCGCUAAGUUCCUGCGCUGGAAGCUGCUCAUGCUUCCCUACAUCAUCUGUACCUUCUUCUUCACCUUCCUCCUCCUGGUAGGGGCACUCAUGUGCUACUGUAUGCGCAACGAGUUGGAGGAAUCGCUGUUUGUCGGCCUGCGCGAUGCCAUGCGCUACUACAAGGAUACGGACACACCAGGGCGCUGCUUCCUCAAGCGUACAGUCGACAUGCUGCAGAUCCAGUUCCAGUGCUGCGGCAACGACGGCUUCCAGGACUGGUUCUACGUCCAGUGGAUCGGCAACCGCUACCUGGACAUGUCCAGUGCAGAAGUGACGGACCGACUGAGGAGCAAUGUGGAGGGCAAGUACCUGAUGGACAGCGUGCCGUUCAGCUGCUGCAAUCCCAGCUCACCGCGGCCCUGCAUCCAGCAGCAGGUGACCAACAACCCUGCCCACUUCAACUACGACUACCAAGAAGAGGAGCUGAACCUGUGGAUGCGCGGCUGCCGGCAGGCACUGCUUGAGUACUACACCCACAUCAUGCAAUCCAUUGGGCUCACUGUCCUCAUAAUCUGGCUCUUUGAGCUUUCGGUGCUGACCGGAGUGCGAUACUUGCAAACAGCCAUGGAGAAUGUGCUCCGCCAGGGUGACCCCGACUCUGAGUCAGACGGCUGGCUCUUGGAGAACAGCUUUGCCGAAACGGCUCGGUACAAUUUCAACAUUAUCAAAAACUUGGGAAAGUGCUACCAGGUUGAUGAUGACCCCAACAUCGACGUCCCCAGUACUGCUCAACACGAGUCCGAUAAAGUGCCCCCGAAACAAAUCCCUGUUCCAAGCUAGCCCACCAUGUGGGGCCAGUCCACAGACAGGAGAACAUCUCUGAACGUCUGUAGUGACAAGUGGAACCCGGUCUUGUCACACUGAGAUGUAUUAAAAGGAAAGAGCUACUGGAAAAUAAAUAGUCUUUUAGCAAAAAAUCAACAGAAGCAAAACUGAGCUGAAUCUUAUUUCUUUCUUUUUUUAUAAAUGCAACACUGUCUUUGUGCCAUAUACAAAGUUUGUGGAGGAGAUUCCGAAGUGGAUCAUCAGACAGCUGCUGGCUAGGAAUGGUUAACCACCAGAACUUCAAGAAGCCAGUAAGAGCGGACCGUUUUUACACCCUGGCUGUAUGGUACACUACCGCAUCAUCACAAUAUCAGCUGAUGUCGGCUGACUACAGCUCAAAGAAGAGUAACAAAGUGCCCCAGCUGCAUCAGUGGACUACAGUAACUCUGUUCUGUACAUGAGCCUGCAGACAACAGCUUGGGUAGCAAAAUUGAAGGUAAACUGCCAUAUGUUUCUAUAGACACUGCCUUCUACUGUCUUUUCAGUUUCAAUUCACCAAAAAAAAUUGAAAACAUAAAACAUUUAAAUUGCAGGUCUACGGUCCAAUAUAUGUAUGGGCAUCCCUCGAUUUACAAACUCUGUCUGAAAUUUUAGUACAUCAGGUCUUGGUUUUUGAUACCCAAUUUUUGAUUUAUGGGAAAAGUGAAGCAGAAGUGCAGCAAUGUACUGUAGUUAUUGUGUCAGCAUCCAGAUUUAUCUGUCUGUUGUUGUGUGAGCAAUGUGAGAGUGUCGCUUUGAGAUUGUGGGGGAUUAUGAAAAAUCCAUGAAAUUCCUCAACUCUGUCGACCAUAUUGGGUUUGUUAUUUAAUUGAAAGAUUGAGGAGAGCACAAUUAGCAGGAAAGGUUUAGCUGAUGGUUAUUCGGGCAUGUAUACACAUUUUAGCAGCAGUGUGCAGUUUUAGAAAGUUGUUCACAAUAAAUGCGACCUGUUCAGCACAUCCCUGCUUGGUUGAUUAGUCAUCCUGCAGAGAACUGAUCAAUUAAAACGAAAAAUGAGAAUUACAACGGAACAUGGUCUGGAAGCAGGGCAGCAAAGGUAACAGGUAUAAUGUACUUUUAUAUUGUUUUCUGGCAUCGCUUUGGACAAAAGCAUCUGCUAAAUGAACAAAUGUAGAUGUCUGUGUUUUAUAUCGUGCUGAAAUUAUAGGUUGAGAGUUAUGUAGGUAUCUAUAGUUUUACAGUUUACCGAUAUUUGAGGAAACUGGUUUGGGGUUUUUGGAUGGGUGGGGACCCAUUAUUUUUCCCAUUUAAAAUAACAGGAAAUAGACUUUCAGCAUCCAACAUUUCACUGAUGUCAGGAACAGAUAAUUUCAUAAAUCAAGGGGUGCCUGUAUAUCUAUACUGUACAUACUGAAUACGUAAUGAGUACAUUAUUUCCAAAAAUUGUGUAAUAACUGUUGUGAAACAUACGUUUAUGUCUAGUUAACCAAUGAUCUAGUUAAUUUUACCUCCUCUUCAACUCCAACCCAGCAUAACAUCCAGUUUCUGAAAUGCAUCUGUUUUUACAGCAACUAAACACCAACUUGCAGUAACACAAUAUAACGAGGUUACCAAUUUUGCAGCGUACUUUCAGUUUAAUGCCAUACAUCACCGGCACAAAAACACAAGAUGUAAUCACCAGUUUACCAUAGUGCUUCCAUGGAUCUCAGUCACUGGAGCUGCAACAUAAGAGGGACUGGAGGUCAGUUCAGUUAUUUCCAUAAUUUCCAUAAUUUUCCAUUGUGUCCACUUUUCAGAGGUGGUGUGGAAAAGGAGAAGUUAACAAACAGGGAACCCUUUCUGUUAAAGCGACACCUUUAAGAUUUUAAAUUCUAGAUGCAGUAAUAAAUUAAUCUGUAGGUCAUGGUCAUUCUUCAGGUUUGAACUCUGCUUUAGUAAAUUUCUACUAACCUGUCAUGUGCCUCCACCCGGUUGACAUACAUAGGGUCAAGCGUACAGAAAAAUGACUAUGGCCAGUUUCAGAUACUGUACCCCAGUCUGACUGUGCUUUUACAGUGUCAGACAGCAGGUUUUUCAGGAGAUUGCUGAAAAUAAAUACCUCCCAUUCACUGUGCUGUGUUCCGCUUUACUCGUGUGAGACGGUGUCAUGUUUUUUUCACGUUACUUCUGCACUUUGUGUGGCACAGGAAAAUGAAGGAGCGGAGUAGAGGAACGAGCGUUACAUAUAAAAGGUGAAAGGUAAAAAGUGUUUCACCUUAAAAUCCCAACUGCAUUUUCCAGGUCAGAAAGAUGGGACCAAUUCAUGACAUAAACUUGUUUUUCAGCAUGUGGUCCCUUUCAAAAAAUGUAAUAAUAGAUGCAUAAUUUUGUUAAUUUGCUGGGAAGUUUAUGUGAAAGGAUAUAGUAAUGAAAAAAAAAUACACUGACUGAAAUUCAUAUGGAAAAUCUGCAAAAUACUGACAAGCACCUCAUCCUCCUUUGAGUGGGUUUUACCUGUGGUUUUACUUUGGAACAGUGCUAAACCUACCAAAGAGUGGCUGUCCUGCCAGAAUAUUUCUAUAUACAAGGUGUAAAAUCUGUAAUGACCUUGAAAAGAACCCCAGAACAACAUUCAGGGAACUUCAGCUCCAGUCAUGACUCCACAGUAAGAAAGACACUGAGUGAAAAUGACUCGUCGCCACGUUCCCGACACACGUUCUUCGUCAUUUUACGUUCACCGUCUUCAUUUUUGGCAGUUCUUGCCGUUUCCGAUUCACCUGCAGUUUGGGUGUAAAUGGUCUGAUCUCUUUCAAACUGUUCGUUGUCUUCUGCUUUUUUUACAAAAUCAAAUUUCGAAAGUGCUGAUUUUCAGACAUUUUUAUAGAUAUCACACGCUGGCAACUGUUGCUCAGCUCAAUACGCCUCACCUGUGUCAUUACUCCAUGUAAACGCUUUCUCGUGUGUUACUUCUACUUCGUUCAUACCCUCUUAUGUCGAAAUGGAUUUCAUCUCAGACCCCUUCGCCCUUGCAUCAGUUAUGAAUUAACGUGGAAUAUGUGAAAGAUGCAAAUUAAAGGAUUGUGUCCUGUAGUGAAGAUGACAGUAGGACACUUAAGGCGUGAUGCCACUGUGACUUUUUUACAUGACAUGCGACACCAAAAUGCUCAUUUUGUAUUUCCUUCUUUUAAAUAGUUAAAAGUUAUGAAAAAUGAUGCUUUCGAAUUAAAUAAAGUGUUUCAUAAAACAAUGUAUGUAAAUGUGAACGGAAUUAGAAAUAAUUUGAAAGUGUCAAUAUGUCCACUUGCUAAGCUCAAGGAGGAAAAUGGACAGACCCGUUAAUUCUGAUGAUAGUAGACAGCAUGACUAUAGCUAGGGCAUGAAUAAUCUCUAAAACUGACGUCUUACUUAUAAGUAAUGUUGUUAACUAGUGUCUUAAAGAAGCAGAGGAGUUUGGGAAUAUAACUUCCAAAGUACAAUUUUUAACAAGAAAAUUUCAAUUACGUGUACCCUGUGACCAUUGCAUCACACCAAAUAAAAAUAUAAACAAAUAUUAUCUAAAGUCUUUUAUUUAUCUUUUUAUUAGCAAAAAAAUGGCUGCAGAAGUGUCUAGAAAACCGAUCAGGCACGUAAAGUGAAAUCUGUAUAUUG